AUGCAUCUGAUUUUUUCUUUCCUGCUUGCAGGCGCCAUCAGCAUCACCCAGUGGAACACUGUUGAAACAUGCACCGAGACGCCAACGACCACGACUGUCACUGUGCCGGAGACCGUGACGAUUCCCGGAGAGGGCGAGAUUACGACGGUCACGGUGCCGACUACGGUGACGCUGCCAGGAGAGGACGAAAUCAUCACCGUCACGGUACCCACCACUGUCGUCUCGGUCACCACGACGACAACGUCAACAACCGAAACGACUACCGUCGCCGGCGGCGCUGCCUGCCCUACAGCCUCCCAAAUCCUGCUCAACCCGUCCUUCGAAACGGACGACGCUUGGAUCCGCCAGAGCAACCCCAGCAUACCAAGCGGCUUCGUCCGUAGGACGGUGGGCUCGGAGGCGGCCGACGGUUCCGCGAUCAUGCAGACGGCCAUUGACCGAGUCGUAAACGCCCACGAAGGCAACCAGCUCCUGCAGGCGGUCCGCGUGUGCCCCGGCGAGAAGUACCAGUUCAGCAUGAUACUGCGGACCAUCUCGGCGAGCGCCCCCGACCGGCCGACGCUCGUCUCUGUCCUCGCCGACGGCGCUGUCUUCUUGCAGAGCGGCGCGCUCACCGUGGAAAAUGGCUGGGUGCCGUUUACCGGGACCUUCACUGCGAAGGCGGAUACCGUCCUGAUCCAGAUCCGGUUCUGGAAUUCUUCUCCCGAGACGUCGCCAAAUGCCAUUUGGAGUUACUUGUGGAUUGAUGCUGUUACCGCGACGAGGAUAGCGUAGUUGGGACGAGUGCAUGUGUGAACGGCUGCACUGAGGUUGCCUGCGCUUAGCUGU